GGAGGAAAAGAACUGUAUUACCUCAUUGAAUGCAGUGAAUGAAGAGAAUAAGAGCUUCUGUUGAAAUGAAAUAAUGUUUGUGUUCUUUAUCAUUCUCAUUGUUCUUUUGUUCAGUUCAUGUCCUGUAGCGGGAAAAACGGUUUCUGGGGUUUUCAGGAGUGACGCGGCGAGAGAAAAUUAUGGGCAAUACAUCACAAGAUUUCUGUAUCAUGGUGAGAACGGGCUGAUGUCGUCCCGUGUGUAUGAUGUUCAGAUGGCCGUGCAGAAGGAGGCCAGACUGCUGCUGAUCCAGGACACCGAGGACUUCGACAAUCUCAGCUGUCAGGAGAGAGUCACAUCAGCCGAGAUCUCCAUUAAUCUAAACAAAGAGGAGCAGAACCAGACGAUCCCGCACCAGUCCUCGCCUCAGACGUGGCACGUGAUGUACGCGGACCGCUACACCUGUCAGGAGACGCAGAUCGACGGCGCGCAAGAACACGUCCGCUUCCAGAUCACCAUGCUAAACCCCGACGCCGCGGGAAACCCACUGGAUCACUUCAGCGCCGAGGAGGCCGGGCUCCACAGUUUCUACUCGCUGCUGAUGGUGGCGUACUUCGUGGCGUCGUGCAUCUACGCUCCGCCGCUGUGGCAGGCGCUGAGGAAGGGCGGCCCGAUGCUAACGGUUCUGAAGGUUCUGACCGCUGCGCUGAUGCUACAGGGAGCGUCCGUCCUGCUCAACUUCAUCCACAUGAGCCGAUACGCUCGAGACGGUGUGGGGACGCCGCUGACCGGCAGCCUCGCUGAACUGUGUGACAUGAUCGCGCAGGUGCAGAUGCUCUACAUGUUGUUGAGUCUGUGUGUGGGCUGGUCUCUGAGUCGCAGAAGGAAGUCUCAGUGUAAACCGCUCCAGUGGGACUCCACACCCGCCUCCACUGCACUCGCGCUGGCCGUCGUCAUCGCUCAGGGGGCGCUGCUGAUCUGGGAGCAGUUUGAGGAGGCGGAUCACCACAGCUUCCACUCCUCCGGCGGUGUGUGUGUGUGGCUCCUGAUGGCGCUGCGUGUCUCUCUCGCUGUGUUUCUGGCGUCAGUGCUGUAUCAGAUGGUCUCGGCGGAGCGGAGCGCGCUCAAGAGAGACUUCUACCUCAGCUUCGCCAAGGGCUGUUUUCUGUGGUUCCUCUGUCAUCCAGCGCUGGUUCUGUUCUCGGUGUUGCUCAACGAACAUCAGAAAGAAAAGGUAAAGAGAAACUCAACAGAAGAACUAGAAAUACGUCUGUCUCGUCCCUCACGUCUCGUCUCGUGUCCGCAGGUGGUCACGAUCGGCGUGAUCCUGUGCCAGUCGAUCUCAGUGGUGGUCCUGUACCAGCUCUUCUUGUCCCGGAGUCUGUACUGGGAAGUGUCGUCGCUGUCGUCGGUCUCGCUCCCGCUCACCAUGAGCCGCAGCGGCCGGUUCUGAUCCGUCACACGAGACGCUUCGCGCCGGAGCCGAUCGCCACACGGAGAGAUCCCAGAGAUCGGGAGACGCUGAGCUGAUUCACGUUCAGAGCGAUGAACGAGAAGGACCGCUAAAGCUCAGUGUUCAGCAAUAAGAACAUGAACGAUGUCUGUUAUUUCUGGGCGCGUGACGCCACUUCCUUGUGUUCCUCAGUCUGAAUGCUUGAUUUCACUCAUGAUUUCCGUUCUGUUGUUCCCAAUAAGUGCCUGAAGUGACAAUCAUCUGAGCGGGAAAUCACGACGCUCUUCCUCAGGGUUUCUCUCUCGUUAUCUUGUUUAUUUUAAGUUUUUUUUUUUUUUUAAUUAAAGGGAUAGU